AUGCACGCUGUCAAUACGCUAGUAAUUGUGGAUGCAUUCAUCCUGUCAACCAUAUCUGUAUCGUACAAUCCAAUGGCUUUUCAUGCUAAUUUAGGGUCAUCUUUCAAUAUUCAAGAUAAUUCCAAAAUAAACACAGUUGUGUAUGAUGACGUAAUACUCAAUGUAGGCAAUGGCUACGAUUCAGAAACGGGCAUAUUUACCUGUAGAAAAGCCGGUUUAUACUCGUUUAGUUGGACAUCACUGACGCCUCCUGGUAAAAGUUUCGAAACACGAUUCAUACUCAACGAAAAAAGAAUAGCUGGAAACAGAGCAAACGCUGUGGGCAUUAAUCAGUAUGUACAGGGAACCAAAACUGUUGUCGUUGAGAUGAGAGAGGGUGAUACUGCAAAAAUUAAUACAAUCAAAAGUCAGGCAGCUCAAAGUCUUUAUGGUGAUUCCAAUUCUUUCUCAUCCUUCUCUGGAAUCAAAGUUGAUGAUUUGAAAUGCGAAGAGAUUUGA